CCGGGACUCGGCGGGCGCUUCGGCGGGCGCUUCGGCCGGCGUCUCGGCGCGCAGCCCCCGCCGCGUCCUUCCCCGCGGGCUCGGCCCGGUGCGGCCGGCGGCUGGGGCGAUGUGAACCGGGGCCCGCGGGCGCGGCAGGCUCGCCGCGAUGUGGCUCAAGCCGGAGGAGGUGCUGCUCAAGAACGCGCUGAAGCUCUGGGUGACCCAGAAGAGCAGCUGCUACUUCGUCCUGCAGCGGCGCCGCGGGCACGGCGAGGGGGGCGGCCGCCUCACCGGUCGCCUUGUGGGUGCUCUGGACACGGUACUGGAUUCCAGCGCACGGGUCGCUCCCUUCCGGAUUCUGCUUCAAGUCCCCGGGUCCCAGGUUUAUUCUCCCAUAGCAUGUGGUGCAACGCUGGAGGAGAUCAACCAGCACUGGGACUGGCUGGAACAGAACCUGCUGCACACCCUGUCAGUCUUUGACAACAAAGACGACAUCGCCAGCUUCGUCAAGGGGAAGGUGAAGGCCCUGAUUGCCGAGGAAACCAGCAGCAGGCUGGCGGAGCAGGAGGAGGAGCCCGAGAAGUUCCGGGAAGCCCUGGUGAAGUUCGAGGCCAGGUUCAGCUUCCCUGAGGCAGAGAAGUUGGUCACCUUCUACUCUUGCUGCUGCUGGAAGGGCCGGGUGCCGCGCCAGGGCUGGCUCUACCUCAGCAUCAACCACCUCUGCUUCUACUCCUUCUUCCUUGGCAAGGAGCUUAAACUUGUAAUCCCCUGGGUGGACGUCCAGAAGCUGGAGCGGACGUCCAACGUCUUCCUUACGGACACCAUCCGGGUCACCACUCAGAACAAGGAGCGUGACUUCUCCACCUUCCUGAACCUGGAUGAGGUGUUUAAGAUCAUGGAGCAGCUGGCCGACGUGACGCUCCGGAGGCUGCUGGACAAUGAGGUCUUCGACCUGGACCCCGACCUGCAGGAGCCUAGCCAGAUCACCAAGAGGGACCUGGAGGCCCGCGCACAGAACGAGUUCUUCCGGGCGUUCUUCCGGCUGCCGAGGAAGGAGAGGCUGCACGCGGUGGCGGAGUGCUCCCUCUGGACACCCUUCAGUCGCCGCCACACGGCGGGCCGCAUGUUUUCCUCCGACAGCUACAUCUGCUUUGCCAGCAGAGAGGACGGCUGCUGCAACGUGGUGCUCCCCCUGAGAGAGGUGGUCAGCAUUGAGAAGAUGGAGGACACGAGCCUGCUGCCCAACCCCAUCAUCGUCAGCAUCCGCAGCAAGAUGGCCUUCCAGUUCAUUGAGCUCAAGGACAGGGAGAACUUGGUGGAGGGCCUGCUGCUGAGACUGAAGCAGGUCCACGCCAACCACCCCGCCCGCUAUGACGCCUCGCCGAGCGACGACAUGACUUCACCUGUGUUCUACUCAACAAGCAUAUGCAGUGACAAGUUUGGGGACCUUGAAAUGGCGUCUUCUCAGAGCAGCGAGGAGGGGGAGAAGGAGAAGAGCCCGCUGCCGCACCCCGAGCCCCUGACCGCUGGCUUCCAGCACUCCGACAGCCAGAGCCCCGACUCGCGCCUGUCCCGGGAACAGAUAAAAAUCAGCCUGUGGAACGACCACUUUGCAGAGUACGGCAGGACCGUGUGCAUGUUCCGCACCGAGAAGAUCCGGAAGCUGGUGGCCAUGGGGAUCCCUGAGUCGCUGCGUGGAAGGCUGUGGCUGCUUUUCUCAGACGCCGUGACAGACCUGGCCUCGCACCCCGGGUACUAUGGGACUUUGGUGGAGCAGUCGCUGGGGCGGUGCUGCCUGGUGACGGAGGAGAUAGAGCGGGACCUGCACCGCUCGCUGCCCGAGCACCCCGCCUUCCAGAACGAAACAGGCAUCGCCGCCUUGAGGCGGGUGCUGACAGCCUAUGCGCACCGGAACCCCAGGAUCGGCUACUGCCAGUCCAUGAACAUCCUGACCUCUGUGCUGCUGCUCUAUGCCAAAGAGGAGGAAGCCUUCUGGCUGCUGGUUGCUGUGUGCGAGCGCAUGCUGCCUGAUUACUUUAACCGCCGGGUGAUCGGGGCUCAAGUGGACCAGUCUGUUUUUGAGGAGCUCAUCAAGGAGCACCUCCCUGAGCUGGCGGAGCACAUGACCGACCUCUCGGCGCUGGCGUCCGUCUCCCUCUCCUGGUUCCUGACGCUGUUCCUCAGCAUCAUGCCGCUGGAGAGCGCGGUGAGCGUCGUCGACUGCUUCUUCUAUGACGGGAUCAAGGCCAUCUUCCAGCUGGGGCUGGCUGUGCUGGAAGCCAAUGCAGAGGAGCUGUGCAGCAGCAAAGACGACGGGCAGGCCCUGAUGAUCCUCAGCAGGUUUCUAGACCACAUUAAGAAUGAAGACAGCCCGGGGCCCCCCAUCGGCAGCCACCACGCCUUUUUCUCUGACGACCAGGAGCCCUACCCUGUGACCGACAUUGCAGAUCUGAUCCGGGACUCCUACGAGAAAUUCGGGAAGCAGUCUGUGGAGCAGAUCGAGCACCUGCGCUGCAAGCACAGGAUCCGCGUCCUGCAGGGCCACGAGGACACCACCAAGCAGAACGUGCUCCGUGUCGUUAUCCCGGAAGUCUCCAUCCUUCCUGAAGACCUGGAGGAGCUCUAUGACUUGUUCAAGAGAGCACACAUGAUGAGCUGUUACUGGGAGCACCCUAGGCCCAUGACCCUCCGCCAUGAUCCCAGCAGGCCCUAUGCUGAGCAGUACCGCAUUGACGCCCAGCAGUUUGCACACCUGUUCCAGCUGGUAUCACCGUGGACCUGUGGGGCCCACACGGAGAUACUCGCUGAGAGGACCUUCAGGCUCCUGGAUGACAACAUGGACCAGCUCCUGGAGUUCAAAGCCUUCGUAAGCUGUCUAGACAUUAUGUACAACGGAGAACUGAACGAGAAGAUUAAGCUGCUGUACAGGCUUCAUAUCCCUCCAGCCCUCACUGAAAAUGACAGAGACAGCCAGUCACCACUGAAGAAUCCUCUGUUGUCAACCUCAAGACCCCUGGUGCUGGGCAAGCCCAAUGGUGACACAACUGAUUAUCAGAAUCAAUUGAAACAGAUGAUUAAGGAUUUAGCCAAAGAAAAGGAUAAAACGGAGAAAGAGUUGCCCAAAAUGAGCCAGAGGGAGUUUAUCCAGUUCUGUAAGACUCUGUAUAGCAUGUUCCACGAAGCCCCAGAGGAGAACGAGCUCUAUCAGGCCAUCGCCACGGUAACCACGCUGCUGCUGCAGAUCGGAGAGGUGGGCCAGCGAGGGAGCUCAGGAAGCUGCUCCCAGGAGUGUGGGGAGGAGCUGCAGGCCUUGGCUCCUGAGCAGGACUCAGUCUUUGCUGAGGCUGAGAAGACGCCACAGGCCUUUCCCGAGGCAGAAGGGGACUGGACUGUGUCCCUUGAACAUAUCUUAGCAUCACUUCUCACUGAGCAGUCACUGGUAAACUUUUUUGAAAAGCCACUCAACAUUAAAUCCAAACUUGAAAAUGCCAAGCUCAAUCAGUACAGUCUCAAAGUUCUGGAGAUGAGCCACUCGCCACACCCUGAACUGAAGCUGAAUAACCUGUAGCCAGCCACCUGCUGGGGAACACACUGGAGCUGACCACACCAAAGCACGGGCUGUCAGUCACUGCCCAGACUUCAGUCUAAAAACCAGGGAACUCUAUAAGCUGGGUCUGUGAAUAGCUGGCCUCACACCCACGGCUCGGGGAGCUGCUGCAAGCCUCACACAUCUCUAUUUAUUCAAGGACAGGCCAGUGGGGGAAUGUCGUUUACACUGUGACUCUCAACUUUGCUGAAAGCAGCAUCUCUGCUGCGACGCUGGUUAUGAGUUCGCCCUUCAGUUGACAAACCGAAGGCACAGUACACAAAGACUGAUCAACCCUGGGCUCAUCUUCCACUGUCAAGAAACAAAGCUCACCUCCAAGAUCCCACAAUCAUUGCCUGCACAACUUGUAUUUGGCUUUUUUUGCACUAAUUUUGUUUCAAUGCUGGUAAUUGAAACCAUUUAAUAUAUUUGGUUGUACUCACUUUAUAUGCCCUUCCAAAAAAUGUGUACAAACUAUGCUUUCAAUGUUGGUCCAAGGUUUUUAAUAAAAACUUUUCUUUUUGUA